AUGCUGUUGCGCUUGAUCUCAUUUAUCACUUUCUUCACCGUGAUACUCGCAAACGAUUUUGGUCCACCAUGUCUUCCAACAAGAAUCAAUUACAGGGUGCAGUAUCCGUGUCUCGAAAGCGUCGAUGAAGACGAAAGCAGUGACCAAGAAGCUCGACUAAAAGGUGAACCGUCUAAGUUUGCGCAGACUGGUGUCUACGAUCGAUUGUUCAAAGUGGGAAACACAAGAGCUUGGCAAGGACCGACGUACAUUUACGAGCCAACGUACGGUUACAAUCCCAAUCUUCCACAAAACGGACCAUAUAUCUUUCGAUACAGCAAUUUCUUCAACAAGCCCUUGAAGUAG